GAAGGCUGGGCGAGGAAGCGGCUUCGUGAAGAUGUCCGCAACAUUGUCGGCCAAAGGAAUAUCGAGGAGUCGAAUCGUGUUGUCUUCGACGCGUUCGCGGAUGAAAUGAUAGCGAACGUCGAUAUGCUUCGUGGCGGCGAACACGGAAGGAUCCAUGGCAGAAUGGGGAGUACGGCGAAUCUUGGAGACGAUGUCAGAUUCCAUCGGGGUGUCGACAGGGUUCGCAUUCGUCAUGUUGAAUUGGGCGAGCACUUUAUCGAUGAGGGCGGUCUGCGAGAGCGAGACAGUCCGACGAGCGCGGUCGCGUUGGAUCCCAAUACCGACGCAGAACUUGACGGGUCCGAGCUCUGA